AUGUCUCAGAGUCAAAUCUCUCAGUUCUCUGAUAAUUAUCCCUCAUCUAUCUAUAAGGACACUCCUCUAGAUAAUUAUCCCUUGUUUCUAUCUGAUGAUCCACAGCCAUUCAUCCCUGAUGCUUCAUACAGCCAGCAGACGCCUGCUUCUACACCUGAUACUGAAUUUACCCGGCCUCCAGUACCGCCCUCCAUCCCUAGUACCCUCGAACGCGUUGGCCCCGAGAAACAGAAGACUUAUCUCCUCUGGACAGAGAUGGUAAAUGAUGAAUUUGUCGCAUGGUGGUUAAAGACCGAGUUUGGAAGUCGAAUGAAGCGGAAUAUUUAUGAGAAUAAGCACCAGGCAGAGUGUUAG